AAGACUGGCGCGACUACCAAGCCUGAUGUGAAAAUUCCCACCCCAAAGGCCGGAGACCCUGUGAUUGUAGGUGUUGCAAACUGGAAGUUGUCGGGCACUGGGAUAGAUGGGACCCUAGACCGAAUCGCAACCACAUUCGAAAGUCCAGCUAGAUCAGCAAAACUUCCCCCUGCCCACCCUGUGUCCUCUAAGCUUCACUACUUGAGCCACCAUCUACACCGUAGACGAGACUUUUCUGACCUCAUAGGCUUAGACCCCGAAAAUUACACUGAGGAGGAGAAUGUUAUUAUUUAUGGUGGAGUUUCCAGCUACUAUGGCUAUUCGAGCGCACGGGUUAAAGUCUGGCCCAGGAAAACCGGGCAAAAUUCCCACCCAGUGAGCUCCCAAGCUCGAUGGUAUGGUUGCAUCUCCAGGAUCUCCAGGGAGCUAAAUGAAAAAGACACUCUCUCUCUUUGCAAGAAGGCUGAGCAAGACUGGUUGCCAACAUGUGACAAGAAGAUGCUAUCAAAAUACUUCUUCGGGUGUCUCGCAAGCACAGCAGGCGUUUCGACGAGGCUUCCGGCAACAUGCUUCUCAGCAUCUGGAAAGACUUGUUCACUCAUAAGCCUCGUGCUUCGAGACCCUGAGCUAGCCUGGCGAAAACCGACCGCAAGAAAACUAGACGUGCCACAGUCCAUAGAGACAGUAGAACAUGAUGAAGAAAUCCGCCACAAUUUUGGAAUGCUUGCCCAUCAC